UUUUUGUCUAUAGUCUCUUUUUCUUCCGGUUGUCAAGAUGGGUAUCGACAUCAACCAUAAACACGACAGGAAAGUUAGGCGUACUGAAGUGAAAUCUCAGGAUGUCUACCUGAGAUUGUUGGUCAAACUAUACAGAUACUUGGCCAGGCGUACAAAUGCCAAGUUCAACCAGAUCAUCCUACGCCGGCUGUUUAUGAGCCGCAUCAACCGGCCUCCGAUCUCGCUGUCCCGUGUGUCCCGCCACAUGAAGAAGGCCGGACGCGAAGGUCUGAUCGCCGUGGUGGUUGGUACAAUCACCAAUGAUGUGAGGCUGUACACGGUCCCCAAGAUGACAGUGGCCGCUCUCCACGUCACAGAGAAGGCUCGUGCCCGUAUCUUGGCUGCUGGAGGAGAGAUCCUAACAUUCGAUCAGCUGGCCCUCCGUGCCCCCACCGGUCGCAAGACCGUGCUGAUCCAAGGUCGUCGCAACGCCCGUGAGGCUGUGCGUCACUUCGGCCCCGCCCCUGGUGCACCACGCUCACACACCAAGCCCUACGUGCGCACUAAGGGACACGAGAAGGCACGGCCCAGCCGUCGCUCCAACGUGUAAUUUCUUAAUAUAAGGACUACAGCCUA